ACUCGACAUUCAAGUUCAACACACCGCUUCUCCUCUUACGCAUUCAAACUUACUGCUUUUCAGCAAAAACCCUUUUCGGUUCCCUAGAAUUUUGGUAGUUUCAUCUGUCUGUUAACUGAUUUGAAUCGAAGAAAACUUCAACUUGAUUGUGAUGGCGAACCCGGAUGAAGUUUCAGCCAUUGAAAGAAUCAGGAUGCAUCUGUUGGGGGAGUUUUCUCCUUGUCAGCACGACGACAAUGGCGCCAGCACCAGCAACAGCUUCACAUCGUCUGUUGCGAGCUCCGAAUCCGACUCUCUUUGCUCGCAGGUUUCGACAUGCGAUUCUGGGCUUUCAUCAAUUUCCGAUUACUUCCUCGAUUUUGAGCAGAAUCAACUGUGUUCAGCUCCGGUUGUUGAUCUUAUGAAGACGAAAGCCAAGCCCGAGCUGCGGGUUGAAAUUCCGACGGCCGCGGUGAGGAAGUUUGAGUGGAUCGAGUUCGGGGGCUCGGGUCAGCAGAACUCGGUGGAGGAGGAGGAGGAGGAGAAGCGGCGUUACAGAGGGGUGAGGCGGCGGCCGUGGGGCAAGUAUGCGGCGGAGAUCCGGGACCCAGCCCGCCGCGGGUCGAGGGUGUGGCUGGGUACAUUCGACACUGCGGUGGAGGCGGCAAAGGCUUAUGAUAGAGCCGCGUUCAAGAUGCGUGGAAGCAAGGCGAUUCUCAACUUCCCGCUGGAAGUUCAGCGGGAGGAGUGCGCGUCCCAGGCCGCAGCUUACGGCGGAGGGAAGCGACGGAGAAAGGAGGAAGCUAUAGAGGGGAGUCAGCUGAAAACAGUGAAAUGUGAGAUGGUGGUGAAGAGUGAAAUGACGGAGAGGGCGCCGCUGACGCCGUCAUUUUGGGCGUUAUCUCCAUUAUUGUCUCCACAGCUCCUAGUGAUAUGAGAGAAUUAUUAUGAAACUUAGUUCUAUUAUAUUAUCUUUGGAUAUUAAACUUUAUUGGGAAAAUAU